CCAGCAACAGACGCCGGGCAACGCGCGCGGAAGGUGCGAGAGGGAGCCCCGCGCCCGCCAUGUGGCACAUCCAGUACGUGACCGCCCAGCAGCUGGCCGGCUUCCGCCAAUACCAGUACAGAGCUGUGGAUUCAAACCCUUUAUCUGUAUAUAUUAUGCAGCCAUUAUGGAACAGAAUGGUAAAGCUAGUGCCCUUGUGGAUUGCUCCCAAUAUUUUAACUCUCACAGGAUUUCUGAUGAUUUUGAUUCACUUGUUUAUAUUAUCUGUUUAUGACUGGCACUACACUGCUUCAGGAUCCAGUCCUGGGUUGAUUCCAACAUGGGUUUGGGGUUUUGGUGCUUUUGCCAGCUUUUUUGCUUACGCUUUAGAUUCCAUAGAUGGAAAGCAUGCUCGAAGAACUCAGUCCAGUAGCCCUCUGGGAGAGCUGUUUGACCAUGGACUAGAUAGUUGGUCUAUUUCAAUUUUUCCCCUCUCUCUUUUUUCCAUAUAUUCCUGUGAUAAUGGAAAAAGUGGAAUUUCAGUGACCACCAUGUAUUUAUCACUAAUUGUUCUAUUAUUAAAUUUUGUGUUUUCGCACUGGGAAAAAUAUAACACAGGAGUACUUUUUCUUCCUUGGGGAUAUGAUAUAAGCCAAGUGGUUACAGUGGGCAUGUAUUUGCUAACUGCUAUUUAUGGAGUAGAAGUUUGGCACAGGCCUUUGAUAUUUGGUUAUCAUCUCACAGAUAUAUUAAUAUUUUUUCUAAUAGUCUGCUGCAUAGUUCUUUCCCUUCCACAGACGUUCUACAACAUUCACCUAGCAUAUGUAAAGAAAACACUACUGAAGGAUUCUUUGUAUGAAGGACUGCUACCACUGCUGUCUCCUAUGCUGCUCGUUAUACUUCUUACAAUCUGGGUAGUUUUAUCACCAUGUGAAAUAUUAGUAAAACAAACCAGACUGUUUUUAUGGAUGGUUGGAGUUGUGUUCUCAAAUGUGAUUUGCAGGAUGAUAAUUUGCCAGAUGACUAACACAAGAUCCGAAGUGCUUCACUGGCUGUUGAUCCCAUUGGCUGUUAUGGUCUACACGGCAACUGCUGGGUUUCAGGGCAAAUUGGAAGAACCAAUUCUUGCAGCAUUUACUAUCUUUGUCACAGCUGUUCAUGUUCACUAUGGAGUUUGUGUGGGGAAACAGCUGAGCCAACAUUUCAAUAUCUACAUCUUUUCCUUAAAGAAGUACACUAAAUAAUAAAUUUGGAUAAUCAACGCUACGAAAUGUUAUAUUUCUAUAUGACAGAAGCAUAGACAUGGACCAGAAACAUCUGAUUGAAAAUGAAAAAAUGGGUACUUGAAGUCACACAGUGUUGAAAAGCAAAGCAUCAGGAACUAUUUUUUUUAUAAAUAUUUUCCUGAAUAUAUUCUGAUUCUCUUCCCCUUUGAUCUGACUUAUUCAGGUAUUUACUGUUGCCUUAAAAUAUCUAUUUCCAUUGGAAUCAAUUCUUCCGGAAAGAUCUCAAUUUUUUUUCUCCUUCCAGAGUGACCUUGCUGACCUAAUGAUUCUUACUACACAUUAUAGGCAUAUUCUGACUUAGUAAUGAACUCUUCUAUACUAAAGGACCAAAUUACAACAGUAUUGCCACCUGGUAUGAAUAUAAUGCAGUCACAAUACAAGUUUCCAUAAUCCACAAUAGGUUACUAUGUGGUGAAAUCAUUACUGUUUGCAAUUAAAAAUGAGAUACAUUUUGAGCUUGCAAUCCACUUUUAUACCUGUGCAGUUGGCUUUCAUCAGAUUAGAUGGCUAAGGAUGCUGCUGGCACAUGCUCAGAUGUUGAUUCCUUAACCCCUUAUUUUGCCUGUGAUAAACUCCUGAAAGCUGAAGUUAAUUUAAACUUUUUGUAUGUUAGAAUGUAAUUUACAAAAUAUAAUACUGCAAUCCAGCAAUCAAAUCAUCAAGCUCCCAAAAGUCAUAUACAUCAACAAGGCAGGACAGACAGCUUGUAAACUUGAUCUGUACAAAAAGAAUUAUUGUGUGAAAGCUGGAGAAAAAGCCUGUCCACUGUAAGAGGGAAGUUUUAUAACUCUGUAACAAAACAAUCUGGCAUGCAAUCCAAGCGAAGCCAAUCUUACAGGAUUUGUUUUAAAAAGUAAAUGAAGCAUCCUGGUUGCAUCUUCCCCAUAUCCACACUGCAAUUUCCAACCAGCUGUUUAAGAAUGUGUAUGUAGACAAAUUAUAAUAAAAGAUAAGCCUGUGAAUAUUCACAGAUGCUGCUCAUAAAUGACCACCUAAGUACAAACUAAGCCAUGGUGAGUUGUCCAUCACUUAUCUAUAGUAGCUUUAAGAAAUUAGGAAAUUCUUGCUUCAAAUCACGGUCUCAUUCUAGCCCAAUAUAACAUUUGUGUUAUCUAAAAGCAGUUAUUGCAGAUGCUACUGUAUAUACAACAUGUUGACUCAAAUGGGCUAUGAGGAAAUCCCCCACUUUAAGAAGGAGUCUCUCCUCCUUGCACAUAUAUUGAGGAAAAGAACUCUUAUUGUGUCUAAUGGCACAGUUCACUAUCCCACAUGUGCACACAUUUUUUCAUGACAAUACAGGUGAACACAAAAGACAGUUAAAUCAGAAAAUUUUAGAAUCCCUUGUGCAUUUGCUGUCAUAUAUUAUGUCUAAGCUAGUGCAGUGUUCAGCCAUUUGUAAAAAUGUAUAAGCAUUUAUUUUCACAAGACGAGUGUUUUAUACGAUGAAGUCAGAAGUAUCUCUAAGAAUAUUUGGUUUUGGUAAACAGCUAUGGGAAGGGAUUGCCUCCUCUGCCUAUCUUCUGGAGCAAUACUGAAAACCAACACCCCAAUUCUAAAUAUAUUAUAUGGAAACAGCCUCAAAUUAUUUAAAUCAAGCCUCCUUCCAGUUAAAAAUAUGCUUAGACUUUCAGCCUGAGUGAAGUCUCGUUUUUUGUUACUUUAAAGGUAGAGAAAUUUUAUUCAAAAAAUUAGUUAAUAUAUGAGAAAUGUCUAAGGUAACUAUUUAACAGUAAGCAAACAAAAAGAUAUGUACAUUUGCAGUAUGUUAUACAACCUAACUGUACAAAUGCAACAAUAUUGUAAAUUCCCUUUCUGCAAUUAUGUAUAAGACUUAAUCAGCUGUACUUUAAUACCUGGGAAAUGAU